UUGAUAUAUCGUGGCGACUUUAAUCUCGACGUGUCGACAAUAAAGUUGAAAUUAGUUCAAGAGAGCCAACCGCUGCACAGGAUACAUGCACAGAAUCCAGAAUCAGACAUGCCUUGUGUAGAUGAUUUGGUCAAAUUGUACUUUAGAAUCGGGUUUAGCAAUAAGGAAAUCCUCUGUCUUUUAGCCCAGAACCACAGUGUGAUUAUUAGUGUAAGGACGCUGAAAAGGUUGUGCCGAAAACAUCAACUUUUCAGAAGGAAAAAUCAUACAAACUUGGAAGAAGUGGCCGCAUUCUUGCAUACUGAAAUUGCUGGAAAUGGGCAGAUGCAAGGAUAUCGAUGGUUACAUCUGCGUGCAAUACAGAGAGGUUAUGUUGUAUCGCAAAAUACAAUAAGACAAUUGAUCAAGUUGCUUGAUCCUGAAGGGGUGGAGUACAGGCGUGCGCGGCGCCUGAGACGCAGGCAAUAUCACAGCAAAGGUCCCAAUGCGCUCUGGCAUAUGGAUGGGUAUGAUAAGCUAAAGCCAUACGGCAUUGCCAUCAGUGGUUGCAUUGACGGUUUUAGUCGCUAUAUUGUGUGGAUGGAGGCCUACAUAACAAACAACGAUCCAAAAGUAAUUGCCGACUACUUCGUCUCAUCCACAACUCGCUUGGGAGGAUGUCCGGAGCGACUGCGCGCUGACAGAGGGACGGAAAAUGGGCACAUCGAAAACAUGCUUAUCUUCCUGCGCAGGAAUCACACAGACUCUUUCGCAGGAGAACGAAGUUUCAUCUAUGGACGCAGCACUGCAAACCAGCGAAUUGAAUCCUGGUGGGGGGUCUUGAGGAGACAGAGUGUACAGUUCUGGAUCAACCUUUUCCAAACUCUUCAACGUGAUGGGCAUUUCUCAGGGGAUUUCUUGGAUAAGAGUCUGAUCCAAUUCUGCUUUCUAAAUCUAGUUCAGGCUGAACUUGAUGAAGUCGUGCAAACCUGGAAUUCACACAAGUUGACAGCAAGGGCAGGCCAGGGUGUGACUGGAGGUCGCCCUAUUUUGAUGUACACUCUACCACAGAUGUAUGGUGGUGAGGACCAUCUCAAGACAAUUGACAUGGAAGAGCUGGACCUUUGUAAGGAGGAAUGCACCCCCAAAAGUCAAUACCCAUGUGAUGAGACUGUAUUUGAGCUCUGCUGUCUUCUGAUGCAAGAAAAUGGAUGGGAUGCUCCAAGAGAUGCAUUUUCUGCUGCUGAACUGUACACUUCAUUGAGAACUGAAAUACUGUUUCAUUUGUAAGGGUGGAUAAUUAUUUCUGUACUAUUGAGGGUUGUUGAUGUUCGUUAUAUCACGAUGAGAAAUAGCAUCCACCAGAGAACAGUUAUAGUGUUACUUCUUUAAUUAAUGCAUGCCAUUUUAAUUUUUAGAGCAAAUUUAACAAAACGUAAUCCCCUCAAGUAAUAUAUUGUAAAAUCAGUAACUGUCUAACUCUAACCGAACCUGCAUGUGGGCCUAUGGCUUGGAAACAAACCUGCUCACCAGACUUGUGGUAAAGAAAAUAAGUUUGUGGUAUUAGCUUGCAGCUGCUUAAUGUUUGAGUGGAUCUUACCCUUUGUUUGUUUUGACUGUGAAAUGAUUAACUUGCCAACCUACCAUCCAUUCAACACAUUGGACAGGUCAUAGUAGCUGCUGGAAUAGGAAAUAAAAGAACUAAAUGUUUGUACUGAAAAAAAA